GUGUAUCGUGAGAAAUGACGGUCACUUACACUGCCGAAGUCGCUACCUGCAGAGGUCUCGGUUGCUUUCUAAAAUUACUCCUAAGAUGGCGAGCGAGCAUAUACAAACUCGUCUGGCUGGACCUAGCUCUAUUCCUCUUUAUCUACUACUCCCUGUCGAGUAUCUACCGACUAAUAUUGAACGAAGACCAGAAGAAGAUUUUCGAGGCUGUGGUGGCCUACUGCAACGAGUACAGCGAUCUGAUACCGUUGUCUUUCGUCUUGGGUUUCUACGUUAGUAUUGUCAUGACCAGAUGGUGGAAUCAAUACAUGGUGAUACCCUGGCCAGACUCAAUCGCGGUUUUUGUGUCGGCCACUAUUCAUGGGAACGACGAGAGGGGUCGUCUAAUGCGUCGAACCAUCGUCAGGUACGUGUGCGUUUGCCUGACGCUGGUAUUGGCGAUGGUCUCACCUCGCGUGAAAAAACGGUUCCCGACGUUGGAACAUUUCGUAGAUAGCGGUUUGCUACUGGAGAACGAGCUCGUUAUAUUUCAGAGUUUGAACUCCAAGUUCCCUAAGCCUAGCAAGCAUUGGCUGCCGAUCGUAUGGGCGUCGAGUAUCGUGACUAGAGCGAGAAAGGAGGGUCGCAUUCGCGACGACUUCGCCGUGAAAACGUUGAUAGACGAGCUAAACAAGUUUCGCGGUCUCUGCGGUAGCCUGAUGCACUACGAUACCAUUAGCGUUCCUUUAGUUUACACUCAGGUAGUAACGUUGGCUGUAUAUACGUACUUUUUAACGAGCGUUAUGGGUCGACAAUGGGUACAGAAUUCGUCCACGUCGACUAUCGAUCUCUAUUUCCCAGUAUUUACGACGCUGCAGUUCUUCUUCUACAUGGGUUGGUUGAAAGUGGCGGAGACCUUGAUAAACCCAUUUGGCGAAGACGACGACGACUUCGAAGUUAACUGGAUAAUCGAUAGAAAUUUACAAGUUGGCUAUCUCAUCGUUGACGAGAUGCAUCACGAGCAUCCAGAAUUAAUUCGUGAUCAAUAUUGGGACGAGAUCUUCCCCACGGAACUUCCUUACACGGCUGCGUCGCAGGCCUUCCGCGAGGAGCACCCGCAACCAUCUACGGCUGGAAUUCAAUUAUCCGCGGCUCAGCAAGAACUUCAACCAUCCUCGGUCAGAAUCGACGAACUGGCGGGGGAGUAUCACCAGAAGUUCCAUAGCGAUAUGGCCGACGACGCUGCGUCCGGUAUACAUUUCACGGCGACCGGCAGAAUGUCAAGAAGCGCUAGCAGAGUGAGCAAUCGGGACCGCACUCUGAGCGGGGGUUCCACUCCCAGUAAUUUGGGGGGUUCCCUAACGAGAGUGAACAGCGUGACUAGCGUGUUGAAACGAUUAUUCAGCAAAGAAGAUAGGCCAGAUGGCGGCACGUCGAGUGGUACCAAAACCCCAGGAAGACUGGCGACAUCGAGUUCAGCUGCUUCGUUGCAAAAUCGAGCCGUUGUCGGAGGUGGCUCGAUGAGGAUCGGAGUAAUCAAAGAAGAGGCAGACGAGCAAAUGACUCUAACUUCGAUGAAAUCGGACAAGAAACCUCACGUGCAGAGCAUAUUUUCCCCGGGACCACCGCCUCCCAGUGCUCCCGUCGCUGUCCCUGGUAUGGAAUAUAUGAGAAACGGAGAAAUAUUUUCGUCCAGUGCUCCUGCAACUGGAGUAAUGGAGGGAAGUAACGGCGGUAGCAAUGACAUAGUAUACGUGCCCGAGUCAAGGACGCAGCGUACCACGCAAUCAGCAAGAUCGAGCAUCGCAUACGAGCCAGCGUCGAGUUACGUUAGCAGUGUCAUGGCGGACGAUCUUAUAAGCACUAGAAGUUCUUCGUGUACGAGUGUUAACUCCGACGACGAAUUCACGAAAUUAAAGACAGAAAGAGAGAAACAGAGGCGCGAUAGAAUCGAACGAAGAUUAGCUAGGAGCACCAGCGGUCAGAAUAAUUUACUUAGCGGUACAUCGAGGAGCCCCUUGGACAAUGAGCACCUUUUGUUAGCAGAAUUAGCGAAUACGUCGCGUUUGUCCAUGUCACAGGGGGAUCACGACGAGAAAAAAAACAUCGAAACCGAUCGUCUUUAGCAAAAUCAUCGAUGGUUUUUCUUUGAAGUAUAGCUUGGAACGUGUAACGAGUAUUAGAGAAACGAUUAAGAGAAAUUAUAUUUGUAAGGAAGACUACCGAUCAACCGUGUGAUUGAAGUACGUGUAGCGAUUCAGGCGAUCAACGUCCAUUAAGUUAUUAUACGAACUUGCUAUUAGGAUAAAAUUGUCGGAAAGUAGAAAGAAGUACGCGGCGAGUAGCGAAGUGAAGUUUGAGUAUAAUUGACGUAAGUUAAGAAAGUGUAUGGAGCUAAUGGGAGCAGUUUAUAAACAUUCCGUUCAGGGAACGAUAAAAUACUUAACGUAAUUUCGAUCACGUAUACGUAAAAUUGAUUAGAAUAUU